ACUAAUAUUGACAAACAAAUGAACGAUUGUCUACACAAGAGGUACGUUCACAAAGCAACGUCAGACGAGCUCCGCAACAGUGACGACGGAAAGAUUUGGCACCUGCCAAUCAGCGCAGUGCGACAUCCGAGCAAGUUAACAAAGGUGCGUGUAUUCUGGGAUGCUGCGGCUACGUAUGGAGGAAUCUUUCUGAGCUCCCAGCUUUUGAAAGGUCCGGAUUUGGUGAAGCCCCUUCUAUCUGUCCUCUGCCAAUUCCGACAGAAACAGUAUGCCAUCGCUGGGGACAUAAGGGAGAUGUUCCAGUUGAUUAUUCGUCCGGCAGAUAGAAACGCACAACGAUAUUUGUAUCAGGAGAAUUCAGAAGCUGCGCUCGACGUGUACAUGGACGUCGCAACGUUCGGGGCAAUGUGCUCCUCGUGUUCAGCACAGUUUGCUAAGAAUGGAAACGCCCAGGAACAUAAAGAUCGUUAUCCGGAAGCUGCUGAAACAAUUGUUGACAACACAAAUGUUGACGUUUUCUUUGCGAGCUGUGCCAUUGAAGAGGCAACGAAACUGGCUUUGGAACUGAGUCUGGUCAACCGAUCAGCUGGUUUUGAGAUACCUCGUUGGCAGUCGCACUCCAAACACGUUCUGAAACGGGUUGGGGUGACUACUGGAGAUAAUUUUGUAGUCAACAUGGAAAAUUGCUCGCGGUGUGGUGGUCUACCCAACAGAAUUGCUAACCUGCAUCAUCUUGUGCACCGCUUUAAGCGCUUCAAACGGGAUCCUGUGGAAUCUAGUGAGUCCUGUGGUGGUCUGAAUCGUGAUGAUUGUGUGUCGGCGGAAACAGCCAUUUGGCGGGCUGUACAGCGACAGGUGUUUGCAGGAGAAAUUCAAGCGUUUAGAAGCAGUUCUGAGCCUUCACCGAAGCGGUGGAAGCGUAUCGGCAAGGGAAGUGUCCUAGCGAAGCUAUCAUCGAUGAUCGAUGAGUCCGGUGUUCUCCGGAAGGCGAGCAGAAUCGACCACCUAGCGGCUCAUUAUUCGUUCGAAGUUCGAAAUCCUGAGAUAGUACCAAAAAAUCAUGAUGUAACCACUUCUUUGAUGCUGCGAUUUUACCAAAGGUACGGUCAUGCCACUUCCCAGACGGUACUGAACGAGAUCAAGCUACGUUACUACAUUCCCCGGAUGAGAGCCAGUUCGGAGAAGGCAUUCAAGACUCUCUCGCACCAUCAAAGGCUAGACGAUGAAGGACUGCGAACAUUGCUCUCGGAAGCAGAUUUGAUAGUCAACUCCCAUCUGCUGACGUUCGUGCCGCUGGAGGAUCCCAAGGAAGAAGUGCUGACUCCAAAUCAUUUCCUUUGGCUAAGUUCCGGCGAGGACAGCAAACCACCAAGGGUACCAAUCGACGAUGCUACACCUCUUCGACCAAACUGGAAGGUUAUUCAACACUUAACAAACCAGUCUUGGAAGCGCUGGGUGCAAGCUUAUCUACCUACUAUAGCCUGCAGGACGAAAUGGUUCGCGGAAACGCGGCCGCUGAAGCUCGGCGAUCUAGUGGUCAUCGUAGACGAGUCCGUGCGCAACGGAUGGCUUCGAGGUAAAGUGGUGAAGACUUAUCCAGGACGAGACGGACAAGUUCACAAGGUCGACGUGGAGACUUGCGACGGAUCUACUCUUCAAAGACCAGCGGUAAAGGUUGCUCUGUUGGACGUGCAGGAGGAGAGUAAAGUCGAUUGACUACGACGUUACGGGUUGGGGUGUUAGUAGAACUGGCAACCUUGGUACGGGAUCGGACAAACGUCAACGCGUUGGCGCCGAAAAAGAAUUGUCAUUGUUAGAAAAUUGAUCGAAACUGCGACACGUUUUUUCUUGACCUGGCAGUUAGUUAGUUUGUAGUGAAUUGUUUUUAGCGAAAACAUAGGUGGAAGCUAUUUGGCCAGUUGCGCGUGAUUUUUGUGCUCGCGGUUUAGUGAGUCGGAAGAGGUUAGGUGAUAGAAAUUCCUUACUGCGCAAUUUGCCACUAAAAUAUUGUAUUUCCUUUGAUAGUUUGAGUGACCGUUCGGUUGUUCCGGUUAGGUGUACCGGGUUGAGCUCAAUUAGAGCGGUAGGAAAGAAAAAGCGUAAGUACGCAAGUGUACUUUUUAUUUACCCGAAGAUAAAUAUGAUUUUCGUCCAUUAGCUUCAAAUAGCCGGUGAUAUCCGACGGUUUAGGGUUGCCAGAGCUAGAGCUUAGGGUAAACGGCGAAACUUAUUU